ACGUAAAGACGAAGAAGCUUCUAGUUCCUGGUUGCAUUAAAAAACAUUUUUACACGGUGUGAGUUCGCAGCCAGUUUCCGUCUGUCAUUUUCUUUUUAUCAGUUCGUUUUCUCCCUCGGACCAGUAUGUUCAAAGGGUUCGGGACGUGGCUGGGUCUGGAGAAGACGUCAGAGGAGAAGGAAAGCCUCAGUGUGGAGCAGGAAGAGAAGGUGGUUGAAGCCCAAAACGAGGUAAACAAACAGCAAGCAGCUGAGCAGGAUGAUGAGGCAUCGGAGACGAAAGAAGAAACCCCAGAUCACAGCAAAGGACUCGGUGAGUUCAUCUUCAGUUUCGCCUCCAGUGCCACCAAGAAGUUGUCAGAGUCUGUAGUGGGGACUGCUCAGACCAUCAAGAAGACGGUGGAAGAAGGAAAGAUCGAUGGCAUCAUAGAUAAGACUAUUCUGGGAGAUUUCCAUAAGGAGCAAGAGAAGUUUGUCCAAGAGAAGAAGGCCAAAAAGUCAGAAGCAGCAGUGCCUCCCUGGGUGGGCUACAAUGAGGAGGAGACCAUCCAGCAGCAGAUCCUGGCUCUGUCUGCUGACAAGCGGAACUUCCUGCGGGACCCUCCGGCUGGUGUCCAGUUCCACUUCGACAUGGAGCACAUGUACCCUCUGGCGGCCGUCAUGCUGGAGGAGGACCAGCUUCUCAACCGCAUGCGCUUCGACCUAGUUCCAAAACAGGUGAAGGAGGACGUGUUUUGGAGGAAUUACUUCUACAGGGUGUCUCUGAUCAAGCAGUCGGCGCAGCUCACAGCGCUGGCUGCUCACCAGCAGCAGCAGCAGCAGCAGCAGCAGAAGGACGGCGGGGAGGGCGGGGACAGUGUUUCACCUGACGACAUUGUCUUAAAAGAUGUUAGACCAAAAACUCCACCAGUUUCCAUCAGCAACAUACAGAAGGCACCCCACGAGGAGGAAGAAGAGAUUUCAACAAGUCCUGGAGUCUCGGAGUUCGUGAGCGAUGCUUUCGACUCGACGGCGAUCAACCAUGAAGACCUGAGGAAAGAGAUGGAGCAGCUGGUGCUGGACAAGAAGGACAGUGUCCCGUCUCCAGACGAUGAGGCAGCAGACUGGGAAAAAGAGCUGCAGCAAGAACUCCAGGAGUACGAGGUGGUGACGGAGUCAGACAACAAGGACGACCAGUGGGACCAGGAGAUCGAGAAGAUGCUCCAGUCCGAGGACAGCUAGGGAACAACGGCGCAUAAAACCGCGGCUCCGAAUCAACCACCAGUGAUGCACGAGGGCCAACUCGCCCAAACCCCUUUUUCCUUACGCAGUAAAGUUGAUCCAGCAGUAGCAAAAGUGCAUCAGUUGGAGGCAGGGCGGGUAUAUUAAUGAAGUAGUACCUUCUUAAUUAGUUUGAUCUUCUCCUUUUCCUCCAGCCUCUGUCUUUUGACUUGCGCGUCCUCUAGAGGGAGCUCUGGGACAACUUACACCAGUUUUGCACAAUAGGUGGUGUUCCCUUCUUGAUUGGACAACUAUGUGUUGCAUAGUAAGGAAGGUUAAAUGUAAAAUUAAGCGGCAUGUAAAUAAAGACAGCUGAAACACUAUUUGAAGUUAGAUUUCCUUCAUUAUAAAAUAUUUUAUCUCUUCUUACUUUGUGCACAAUGUUUCUCUAUAGCUGGAAAACUGUACUUUUACUGUGAUUUUCUUACUUUCUUUGGAUUCUUUAAUAAAUGAUAAUGUUAUUUGAGA